CGCAGGUUUGAUCAAUAGGGUUGCGAGGGCCACAAACACGCUCGUUGUCUAGCCUUGUGUGUUGUUCACCCCCCUGAUGCUGAAAUGCCGUCAUUCCGAGGCAAGCAGUGCGAGGUCACACAAGCAAAUUAUCAAACAGAGGCCGUCGUGAUGACUUCUGGGCCUCUGUUCCUACGACUUGGGGUGCCCAACGGGAUGGAAGAGCUGCUUGAGGGCCUUGCCAGAGAAGUGUUGCGCCACCAGCCCAAGAACAUCUACAAGUUCGCUGCCAUCCACUUCGAGGGCCUGCUGCUCCAGAGGGAAGCAGCUCAAACUGCUGCUUUGUCGGGCGUGACGACGGCAAAAGCUGAGGAAGUCGCUGUGCAAGAAAAGCCCACCACCGUCCAUGCCGAAGCCCAAGAAGACCCUCCUGUCCGACCGCCACGUUCACCAACGACCGACUCUGGCAAGGCAAGCGCCACCAGCUCACCAGCGAAUUCUCUAAAUCAAGCUCAGGUUGUGAAGGCGAGGCUUACUACCGCCGGAGAAAAGCUGCCGAGCCCGAUUUUGCAGCAAGCCAUUACUAAAGCCUUCUCAGACGAAGAAUCUUCAAAAACACCCGUCACUAGCGGUUCUCCGAUCCAGUCGGGUGCUACCUCUUCAGAGGAUAAAAUUUUGGGAAGCGACGUUAUCGAAUCGCCUGUCAGCACAGAAAGCAAGUCCGAGAAGCGAAGCUUUGGCUUUACCAAUGUUAAGAGUUUCGGCUCUCCGGUGAAGGACCUGCUCUCUGAAGGUUCAAAGUCGAUCAGCUCAGGUCUCAGCUCGGCUGUGUCCAAGGCUGAGGAAUUCGAGAGCAAUGCCACAAGGUCCGCCGAGUCCGCAAAAUCAGGCGCUGAGAGCAGAAUCAGCUCCGCAAAAAGCGAAGUCACCAGCAAAGUGAGUGAAGUUGAAAGUUCGGUUGCGGAGGCUAAAUCGCAAGUCGAGAGUUUUGCCACCGAAGCGAAAGAGAAUGCGGGAAAAAUUAUUUCUGAUGCCGAGGCAAAAGCAGAGGAAAUUAAAUCCGACGUUGAAAGUCAAGCCGCAGAAGCCGAGGAGAGGGCUCUGUCAGAGUUGGAUAGAACAAUUUCAGCUGCAGAGAGCAAAAUUAUUGAAAUCAAAGAAGAUGCAGAGAGCGCAGCGGAAAAUGUUAAAUCUGACGCCGAAAACAUUGCUACUGAGACUUUAUCAGCCGCUGAGGCUAAAAUUUCGGAAAUUAAAGAAGAGGCGGAGAGCAAUGUGAAAGCGGCAAAGGAUGAAGUAGACAAGGCGACUACUGCAGCUCAAAGCCAACUGGAAGAAAUUCAGUCUGAGAUUUCGAGCAAAGUUGACGAGGUGAAGAACAAAGCAGAAGAAGUAAAAACCGAAACUGAGAGCAAAGUUGAAUCAUUGAAAACCGAUGUUGAAGCUAAAAUCGAAGAAGUGAAGGUCGAAACAGCUAACGCCGCUGCCGCAGUAGAGAGCAAAGUUGAGUUGAUGAAGAGUGAAGCUGAAAACAAAAUUACUGAAACUCAGAGCCAAGUAGAAGAAAUCCGGUCUGAAGUUUCCAGCAAGAUUGUUGAGGCAGAAAAUAAAAUUGAGGAGGUAAAAAGUGAAACACAAAAUCUCUUCGCCGAGGCUGAGGCAAAAUUCGAGGAAUCACUUGCUGUAGCAGAAAAUAAAAUUACUGAAGUGACUUCUGAAGCCGAGGAAAAAAUUGUGGAAGUAAAAUCCGAGAUUGAAGCUGUUAUUGAGGGAGUGAAAUCUGAAGCUGAAAAUCAGAUCGAUGAAACUACUGCAGCGACCGAAAAGAAAAUCACCGAGGCAGAGAAUAUCAAGAGUGCAAUUGAAGACAAAGCUGCAGAAAUUGAGUCGGAAGCCACUGAAAAGCUUAAAGAUAUUAAAUCAGAUGUUCAGGGUCAAGUUGAAGAAGUGCAGACUGCAGUCGAAAAUAGAAUCACCGAAAUUAAUACUGAAAUAGAGUCGGCCGCCACACAAGCUGAGAAUAAAUUAAACGAACAAUUUGAAGGAGUAAAAGGCGGUUUGAAUGAGAAAGUGAGUGUCAUCGAAAAUGAAUUCACCUCGGUCAUCUCAAGCGCCCACGAUUUCUCUCAGGAGGCCGAGAAUGAUUUGCAAAAUCAAGUCGGAAAUAUCGAAAAAGCAUUUUCUGAUGUUCAAACCACAGCUGUCGAAAAUGUUUCCAGUGCCAAAGUCAAGUUUGAAACGUCUGUAAUUGAAAUCAAAGACGAGAUAAGCUCGGAAAUCGAUAGCAAACGGGAGGCGGCUAUUGAUCUGCUCUCAGAAACUGAAGAUCUUAUUGAACAAGAAGAAGCGAAAAUUUCCAGCGCUGUAGGAACAGAAAUUGAGAAUAAAGUUACUGAGGUGGCCGGAAUUGCAGUCACUGAAGGCGCUUUACUAGUUGAAGAGCGAGUAGCCGUAGCCGAGGCCGCUAGAGAAGAAAAGGAACAGAAGAUCGCGGACGAGCUCGAAAUAGUGCAAAAGAGCGCCUUGGAAGUGAUUGAAAACGUCAUCGCAGAAGCAGAAAGCAAACUCGAAUCGACUGCUGCUGAUUCCCUUAACUUAUUUGAAGCUGCCGCUUCUGAGGCUGAAAACUUGCAAUCUGGAACUGAAGCAAAUGUAGAGGAAGCUUUUAAUAGGGCGCAGGCCGCGGAAGAGCAAGUACAGGAAACGCUAGAAAAUGCAGUACUCGUAACUGAGGAAAUUCAAACGGCUGUUCCUGAUGCGUCAGCCUCAGUGGUGGAAAUCGUCACUGAGUCCGAGGGAGCAGGAAAUGAUCUUUUGGAGGAAUCAGAAAAUGCUCUGUCCAGUCUGCACAGCACAGCGGAGUCGGAAAAAGAAGAAAUUAUUGGUGCUGUUGACGAAAUUAUAAUUGAAGCACAACACGCUGCAGAGGAAAUUUUAGAAAGAGCCUCAUCAGCGUUGUCUGAGGGCGUCGCAGAGGUAAAAGCCUCAACCGACGACCAGGUCGCAGAAGAACUUACAAGCACUCUUGUCAAAGAGGCCGAGCAAGUUAUUUCAAAAGUAGAUAAAUUCGUAGACCAACCGAAGGCAGCAAUCCCCGACGCUGUCGUGGAAAUUGUCGCAGCCAUUCAAAGCCCAGAGCAGCCAUCAACGUGUGAUGAAAUCAGCACUGCGUGCCUCCUCGAUGAGGAGCUAAGUGCGAGCAAGGAAGGCGUCGAGAUCUCUCCAUGCGAACUGGCCAGUUUGCCCGAAGAGAUCGCGCAGCUGGAGCCUAUCGUGGUCAGCCCUGUGUCCAUCGAAAACGAGGCAAUCGACGCCGAACACGACCCUCUUGAGCCAGAAGUAGAAUCGCCAAAGCCCACAAGCCUACGAAUUCCGGUAGCUACUACCAUCGAUGUCACUCCAGCCACGCCAAUUCCGUCCCCUUCAAAGGAGGAGCAAAACAUUUUCGAUAACGUAAAAUUCGACGCCGAGAGCUUGAUUGAAAACACACAAAAUGCAUUAAAUAAUAACGACGAAGAUGGCGUGAAAAUGGAGGUCAUUGAAGAUGACGUGGUCGUCAUCACCGCCGACGAUGGUGGAGAGAAGACCAUCCUGAUUGAAAGUGCUGUAGCUUUGGUCAGACAAGAGGAGGAGGAGGAGGAAGCCUCAGACAGCCAAAGCAGCGCCCCUAUUGGAAACGAAGGUCUCGGUGCUGUUAGCAGCGUGGUUAUUCGUUAUUCAAUUUCUGAAGGCGUGAACGGUGCUCAGGGUGAGGAGGAGGAUAGCGCCGAAACCGAGGGGAAGAAAGCCGAAGAGAGUUUGGUGCAGAAGGACAAAGAAAUCGCCGACACCCUGAUUUCGGCUGUGCGCAAUUCCGACGAGAGCUCUCCCACCGAGGAAGCCAGCGAAGGGCAGGCGACGGUGUCUGAGGCCGCCGACGUGAUUUCCGAGCAGACCGCGAGCAGCAAGGACGCCCCUUCCCUCGAGUUGGAUGACUUGAAGAAGAGUGCUGUCGUUAUCGAACCCAUCGACCUUUCGACGUUAAAAGAGUCGCCCGAGACAAUCCAAACGACCGCAGGACUUCAAAAGAUUCAAGAGGAGAGCAGCGUGGAAAUUUCCAACGUGGAGAUUAGCAGUGUGCCGGAGGCGAAAGGCCAAGAAGACCUGGAGAACGCCGCAACCAAAAUCCAGGCCUCCUUCCGGGGCUAUAAGACGAGGAAAGCUCUGAAUGACAAAACAGACGAGGGAGGCGCGGAAAAGGAUGUUAUGCCAUUGAUUGAAGAAAAUAAUAUUUUAACAAACGAAAUCCUAAAUGAGCACGAAUCUGAAUCGCACGUAGAAAGCAAACCCUCCGAGCCCGCAACGCCCAGUGGCGACGAGGUGGGCAGCCCCUGCUCCGACGGCACCUUGAGCGACGUGCGGCCGCACUUUUCCGACGCCACCCCCACCCCGGAUGGACCCGCAGAGCAGAGCACGCCAGCCUCGGCCGUGGAGGAGCUCUUUUUCACGUCCACGCACACGGCCGCCACCCCCGUGGCCUUCCUGCCUCAGGACAACGCGUCCAGGUGCCGCAAACUAAGCUUCUCUUCGGGUGAGUGCGGCGACGUGAGUGCCAGUCUGACCGAUCCCCUUGCGGCCGCCCCCUGUGAGGAGCAGGACGACGCCACCCUGAGCGAGGAGGCAGCGGCAGCCACCAAGAUUCAGGCGCACUUCCGCGGCCACCGUGCACGCCAGAGUUUGCCGCGGCGGCGAGAGGACGCCAUAGUAGCGGGCGGUGCGAGCGGCGGCGCUGACGCACCUGCGGCCGAUUUGCGUCACUCGGGCGAGUUCCACGACAGUUUGGUGUUGCCACCGGCGCUCCACACCGGCCUGCUGCUCGAAGCUGCUGGCCGUUCGCCAAGUCCGUCAGAGCGAGCAGAAGCGGCCGACCAGCAAGAUGACAGCCAGCAGCCUUUAGUCGACCCCGAGGGGAUGCCCAAUAACUGCUCCGAGAUGGACUUUCUCGACAAGGCAGCCACCCGCAUCCAAGCCACCUUCCGCGGCUUCAGGGCCAGGAGUGACCUGAAGAAGAAGAGCGACCCUCCACCAUCGCCGGCCUCCAAGCAGGAUCACGACGCCGCCGCCAGGAUCCAGGCCGGCUUCCGCGGCUACAAGGUGCGCAAGGAGAUGAAAGAGCGGCAGCAGCAGCAGACACCAUCGCCCGUCGCCGCAGCCACGCAGGAGGAGGAGCAGAGCGCCGUCAAGAUCCAGGCCGGCGUGCGCGGCUACCUCACCAGGCAACGAAUGAAGAAGGACAAGGAGCCGGCCCCGCAGCCGCCCCAGUGCGAGCCGAGCCCUGACGAGAUCAACGAUGCCGUGCUCAAAAUUCAGUCUGGAUUCCGCGGCUACAAGGCGAGGCAGGAGGUGAAAGGCAUGAGAAACGCGAACAAGUAAUGCAAAUUGUGUGCAAAGGAGCGACAGGAAUGAGUGUGCUCGGUCGGGGGUGAGUGAGAAAAAUGAACCCGUGUUGAAUCGUCAUUUUAAUGGUCUCGCGGCCACGUCUUUUCUUUGCCGCCAGUGUGCGGACUUAUUGUUGCUGCCCCAUUUCUCUAUUUCGAGACGAGAACCGCCUUAAUAUCAGUUUUUUCUCGUUGUUUUAACGCGCAAUAACUCGCCUUUCUCCUGUUAUUUUACGUAUUUAGCUCGAUAUUACUCAUUUACCACGCGCACAUAUACUUUUUGUGUCUCUUAUCUCUUUCUAUCGAUAUAGAUUUAAUAAUAUUGUUAUUAUUUACGCUAUAUAAAUGUGAAUAUUACAUACGUGUACAUAUGUAUUGGAAAGCAAAUGAGGUCACCAAUAAAUAGCAUAAGUCUCAAGAAA